AUGUACCCCCACUCCUCUUCCUGUGGUGGUCCCCACUCUAUACCCACCCCAGAGCCUGGUCUCAGCUGUCUUCCAGGGUUGAUCUCUCACCCUGGGGUGGCCAGACCAGUGGCAGAGAACAGGGAGACGCUGGAUGAUGUGACCGCAAGGCUGAAGAUGGAGGAUGAGGCCCACCUCUUGACCUACAUACAGGAGGCUCUGAAGACCGUGAGGGACAAAUGCAGUGGGCAACUCAAGGGUCGGGCUGCAGAGGAUGUGAUGCGGAGGAUAGCACUGCUCCAGGAGAUGUGGCAGGGGGGACAAGUCUCUCCACCAGUCAAAGUGCGACUUGGGCAGCUCGCUGAAGCACUAAAAGAGAACAACCUUGACCUUGCAAAUAGCAUCCACUUGUCUUUAAUGGUGGAUUAUACAAAUGAGGUGAACCAGUGGAUGGUUGGCAUCAAGAGACUUAUCCAAGAACUGUACAGCUUGCAAGCACAGACUGCAAGCACUGAACAAUCUAGCCCUUCACCCACAGAUGACCCUCAGGGUCAAGGUCAAACCUUGGCCUCCAGUGAAGCACAGCCAGUAGCUGGUGAAAGCUGAACUGAAUAUCACC